GGAGGAAGCGCCGGCUCGUGCUCGUGGGCGUCGGGACCGCGCAAUUCUGGUGCCCGUCGCUUCCUAGGUUGUGUAAGCUGUCAGGAGACGGGGACAAAAGUUAGGGGCUGAGUGAGAAUCAUGAGACACGAGAGAAUGUCUGGGCCUGGACACGCGGCAGCGGACGCCAUCCCGCCGCACACCCUGACCCUGCUGGCACAGGCAUGGCUGGCGGAGGACACGCCCAACUUCGACGCCGCAGGGGUGUGUGUGGGGUCACGGGAAGUGGAGGCUAGGCUAUUAUGCAAAACAUCUGGCAGCGUCCUUGCAGGAAGUCCCUUCUUCACAGCGGUGUUCGCGGAGGUCGGCUGCACGGUGGAGUGGCUUCACCAGGAGGGAGCGACAAUCGGUAGGUGCUGCACCAACAUACUGGAUGUGGAACGUUUUGAAGAGGCAGGUGAGGAGCAGCUCCCAGCUCCCCAGUUGCUCCCUGCACUCCAAACCAGUUCAGACUCCUUAAACCUUUAAUUGAUAACCCAA